AUGUCAUCUUUUGAGUCGCUGCCCAACCCGACGUGCUACUACAACCACCACGAGUAUAUCGCGGGCGGACCCGACGAGGACUGGGCCGUGCAAAACCAGCCCGACCUGUACCAAACCGGCCAGAGCGCCCCCUCUCCGCCCUCAUCAUCAUCUUCUUCUGCGUCUUCCUCCUCUUCGUCUUCUGGUUCCGCUUCGUCGCCCAACCAAGGGGGCGCCCACCAGCGGCAGUCGCCCGAGAACCGUGGCCUGUUCGCCAAGCUCAAGCGUCUGUCGGGCGUCUUCGCCACCCACAAGCCCGCAGGCAGCCAACACCACGACGAGCUGACCACUGCCGCAUACGGCGACCCAGUCUAG